AUGCACAACAGCAGCUUUGUGAGUGAGUUCCUCCUGCUGGCCUUCGCAGACACACGGGAGCUGCAGCUCCUGCACUUUGGGCUCUUCCUGGGCAUAUACUUGGCUGCCCUCCUGAGCAACAGCCUCAUCCUCACCACCAUAGCCUGUGACCACUGCCUCCACACUCCCAUGUACUUCUUCAUCCUCAACCUUGCCCUCCUCGACCUGGGAUCCAUCUCCACCACUCUCCCCAAAGCCAUGGCCAAUGCCCUCUGGGACACUAGGGCCAUCUCCUAUCAAGGAUGUGCUGCACAGGUCUUUUUUUUUGCCUCCUUGGCUGGUACAGAGUUUUCCCUUCUCACCAUCAUGGCCUACGACCGCUACAUUGCCAUCUGCAAGCCCCUGCACUACAGGAGC